GAGAGUGUGGGUGCCAUGCAGGUAAAGGUCCUCCGCACCUCCGGGGCCCGCGGCAAGGUGGCCCUGCCCUACCACACCCAGGAGGGCACCGCCAAGGCCGGGGAGGACUACCAGGAGAUCGCCGGCAAACUGGAGUUCCUCAACGACGAGACCAUGAAGAUGAUUGAGAUAAAGAUCAUCGAUGAUGAGGAAUAUGAGAAGAAUAAAACCUUCACCAUUCACCUGGGUGAACCCAUCCUGCUGGAGAUUGGACAGAGGCACGGGGACACCAAUGAGAACAAGCCGCCGGUGGGGCUGGAGGAGGAGGAGGUGGCUAAGAUGGGCUGCCCCAGCCUGGGGGAACACACUCACCUGGAGGUGGUGAUCGAGGAGUCCUACGAGUUCAAGAACACGGUGGAUAAGCUGAUAAAGAAGACGAACCUGGCUCUGGUGGUUGGGAGCAGCAGCUGGCGAGAGCAGUUUGUGAGUGCAGUCACAGUCAGCGCAGCAGGUGACGAUGACGAGGAGGAGAGCGGCGAAGAGCGGCUGCCCUCCUGCUUCGACUACAUCAUGCACUUCCUGACGGUGUUCUGGAAGGUUCUGUUCGCCUUCGUGCCGCCCACGGAGUACUGGAACGGCUGGGCCUGCUUCAUGGUGUCCAUCUCGCUGAUCGGCGUGCUGACGGCCGUCACCGGAGACCUGGCCUCCCACUUCGGCUGCACCAUCGGCCUGAAGGACUCCGUCACGGCCGUGGUGUUCGUGGCCCUGGGGACGUCUGUCCCAGACACCUUUGCCAGUAAGGUGGCAGCGAUCCAGGACCAGUAUGCGGAUGCAUCGAUCGGGAACGUGACGGGCAGUAACGCGGUGAACGUGUUCCUGGGCAUCGGCGUGGCGUGGACCAUCGCGGCCGUGUACUGGCGCAGCCAGGGGAAGGUGUUCCGGGUGGACCCGGGCUCGCUGGCCUUCUCGGUGACGCUGUUCACGGGGCUGGCGGUGCUGAGCGUGCUGGUGCUGCUGUACCGGCGCCGGGCCUCUGUUGCGGGCGGGGAGCUGGGCGGCCCGCGGCCCUGCAAGCUCCUCACCUCGCUGGGCUUCGUCUCGCUGUGGCUGCUGUACAUCCUGCUGGCCGCCCUGGAGGCCUACUGCCACGUGCCUGGGUUCUGA